UUUUCCUCACAAUUCACAAAAAUGGCGGCAGUGGAGGGUUUGAGAUUCGACUCGUCAAUCAAACGGCUAAUUUCUUUUCCCUCUUCCUCUGUUUCUUUCAUCCGCAGAAAUAACAAAACUAGAUGAUCAGUUCUGUUUUCUGUAAAUAAUUCAGUUAAUAUUCUAAAAACUCAUGGGGUUUCAAUUUUUUUCUUUCAGGUUAUUUUGAGUUAGAAGGGCUGCUGGUUUGCAUCAAAGGUCCCAUCGGUCCUUAAUUAUUUGUCAUUAAGUUAACAGAGGCUAACUCCAGAACCAUAAAAUAGGCAAGAAAAGUGGCAUAAUUCAGCAUAUUAUCAAGAAAGGGGCCAAUGUAAUGCUUAGUACCACUUGCACGUGUAGGGUAAUGAUUCAUGCACACACAUGUGUUACACACUUUAAUGAUUUCCGUUAUAUGCACCGGUGGUCUAUCUCUCUCUCCUUUCCUUUCUCCUUCUUCUUAUUUUUUUGUCUUUCUCCUAGGUUCUCUUGGAGAACCUAGAUUUGGGUUCUCCAGGAGAACCCCAAAAAAAAAAAAAAAAGGAAGAAGGUGGGAACCUAGUAGGGCUAGCAAUUGUCUUGCUGAUGAUUAGAAUAAGGAUGGAGGUGAGGAGGAAGAUGAAUUUGGUGAGGACAGAAAGGGUUGGGUGAGUCAAGAGAUCGUCAAUGCAUAUAACAGAAAUUGUUAAGAGUGUGUAUCGGGUGUGUAACGGGAUGGUGUGCAUGAGGUUUGCAUCUUCUAUUGUAAGAAGAGCUAAUUGCAGCUUGCUAUGAAACUAGAUAGGACUACAAUCUGAAUUGUGAUUUAUGUGUACUAAAUUAUGAUUUAUGUGUGUUUUAUUGUAUCAUUUUGGUGUUCUGCUUGUUUGAUUCCAGCAACUAAUUUGUAAGGAAUGAAGAACAAUAUAGCUACAAUAGAAAUAAAACUGAAAUCUGAAU